AUGGUAGGCGUACCGGGCCGCUCUAAGGGGUGUGUGACGUGCCGGAAGAGAAAGAAGGGUUGCGAUCUUAAAAUUCCAGAAUGCGGACAGUGCAUAGAGCGAGGUCUCACAUGUGGAGGGUACGACCUAGAUCGCAUGUUCAUCUACCAUAGCGCCGAGUCUGAUAGACGGGGCAUAUCCACCGCCGCCUUGGAAAGAGAUCAAGAUUCCUCCGCUCCGCCAUUUCCAUCCUGCGACUUGCAGGUAGCACCUGUCAGAUCUGUAUAUAAGAUAGGCUGUCGUAGCCUAAACCAGUCUCGCCCCAUCUCAGUCGUCCUCUCACCAGCCCUCGCCAGAUCUGCCUACAGCGAGAAAAGCAUUGAGGCCUUCCUCCGCCUGUACAUACCCACUAGCGACUCGCGCUGCACCAAUGAUGAAGACAAACACUUUGUGGGCAUGCUGCCACUGCUCAAUAUUAGAGAUGAAGCACUACAGUUAGCAGUGUUGGCUAUAGGCACGGCUGCACUCGGGAGGUCGACGAAUGAUGGUGACCUUACCAGGCAGGGGAGGUCAUUAUAUGGUAAAGCGCUCAAAGAGACAGCAGUCGCAUUACGCAACCCUACAAGAGCAACAAGUGACGCCGUCUUCGCUAUACCGCGCGUUAUGGCGCUCUUCGAGAUCCUGUUCGGCGCCGAACUGAGUUCGAACGAUCAGGCAAAGGGCUGGCUCAGCCAUGCGCAAGGCGAGACAGCUUUGAUUGUGAGCCGUGGUCCGGAAGCGUACGCGGAAAGCGAGGAGGCACAUUUGCUUUUCAUAAACGCAAGAUUCAGGCCUCUUAUCGCCGCGGUUCGGACGAGGAAAGCUACGGUGCUCAAUGAGGAGCGUUGGAAAACGUUGCCUUGGAUCGGCAGAGUGAAGAGACCGAAUGAUACCUUACUAGACAUCCUAUGUGGUGUUCCGGAGAUGCUCGAAGCGGUAGACAUACUGGCUUGCACACCGGCAAGCGAGAAAUGGAUAAAAGGGCUGCGUAUCCAGACCAUUGCGAAGUGUUGGACGUUGCACUUCCAACUCGACGCAUGGUUCGCCGCCAACCCGAAUGAGGUGUACACGCCUACGAGAGUAGAUACAUCAGCCCCUAUAUUCUUCCCCGAUUUCGAUACUGCAUGCCUCUCAGUCCGCUACUGGGUAACAGGCCUCCUCCUCUAUUCGACCCUCGACAUGGCCUCCGGCAUCCAACCACUGACCGAUGACUCCAUCCCACACCCCGAUCGGCCGCAUCCGCGCUAUUUUGCCCGUCUAAUAGCGAGGUCGGUCCCUUAUUUCUUCCAAGCAAAGUAUGGCGUGUCAGGCGCGACCCAAAUCUCGUUCCCCUUGGGCAACGCGCUGUUCUAUAUGAAUAGGAACCCCGCAGUGGAUAGAGAGUAUAAAGCUACAGUCAUGAAAGUCUGGCACGAUCCGAUGCUGCCAAGUGCGAUCAGGGACUUCCUGGCGAGUAUGAAGCAGAGCUCGCCAGGCCGUCCCUGA